AUGCGAGUGCUGCACGCAAUACUAGCUAGCCUUCUGGCAAUCCCCGCGGAAAGCACGUAUAUUGUGCCCGGCGGUAGAUGGUACGACACAAACGGAACCUUGAUCAACGCACAUGGAGCUGGAAUCACCUUUGACCAGAAGACUGGCCGUUUUUGGUGGUUCGGCGAAUAUAAAACCGAAGAGCACCCAGAAGGAGGCGGAGUCUCUGUUUACAGUUCUGAGGACUUGAGCACUUGGACUUGGGGGGGUCUUGCCCUAAGUCCAAUUGAUGGGCACCCCUACAUCUCGUCUAAGAACGUAAUCCAACGACCCAAAGUAGCCUACAGCCCUGAGACCAAUGAUUACCAUAUGUGGUGGCAUGCCGACAACUCAACUUACGGGCUCCUUCUCCAAGGCCAUGCUGUGUCUUCCACGAUCGGUGGGCCAUACUCUUUUGUCGACGCGACCGCACCGCUUGGAAACUGGUCGCAGGACUUUGGCAUGUUUACCGACUAUAAAGAUGGCAAGUCAUAUGCUCUCUACUCCAACGGCGAUAGUCUAUAUGGGCGAGAUGUGUACGUCUCAAGCAUAAACGAUAAUCUCACGGCACUCGAGCGAGCCGUGUAUCGUUUCCCGAAAUUUGACCUCGAGGCACCAUCUAUCGUGCAGACUGAUAAAAGUUACUGGGCACUGAUGAGUCACAAGACGGGAUACAGGCCAAAUAACGUGGUGGCAUUCCGCGCCGACUCAUUGAGUGGUCCAUGGUCCCAACCGUUUAUUGUUGCGCCGUUAAACACGCGCACGUUUAACUCACAGUCGGGGUUCACGCUUAGAAUACCAGGAACCAAGAAGACUACAUACCUUUAUAUCGGCGACCAGUGGGACUCGAAUACUAUAUGGGAGAGUCGGUACAUCUGGUUGCCAAUGGAGAUUGACGAGAAGCAGAAGAGUCUAGACUUGGCCUGGCAUGAUGUUUAUGAUCUUGAUGUAAAGACUGGCGAAUGGACACCAAUCAAGGGUACGACGUACACUGCGGGAAACGCGAGGACCCACGGUGAUGCGUACAAGCAGGAAGCUAAAUUCGCCACCGACGGAGUUAUUCUCACUGGAAUAUAUGGAAAUGACAGCACUGUUACGUUCGAGGGUAUCGAGGGAUCUGGAGAACCACAAUGGGUAUCAUUUUACUAUCAAAACAUUGACGAUAUGGGCUUCGGUGACCAACCUGGUGGAACCCCCGACAGAAUCGGUGGUGCAUGGCAGCUCCGGCGAAUCAGUAGCGUCGUGGUCAAUGGAGACACGUCGAAUGUGCAAACACUAUACCAGAGAGAUACACACAAGGGCAUCAUCCUCUCUACUCCACUGCAGUUAACGCUGAAGAAGGGGAAGAAGAACACCAUCACGGUUGGGGGGUUAUCUAAUGGGUUUGACUACAAGGGCGCGGAUCUUGACCGUAUCGUUGUCUAUCCUCCUGAGGCCAAGGGAAAAUAA